GUGUCGAUCAGCCACAUGGCCAAGGCUGCGCACCAAAGUUCUGGGUACUACAAGAGAAAGGCCGCAAUGCUAAGAAGUAUGAUGGGCGCUCUGAGAAAGACGACCCAUGCGUCGUUUGUGCGAUCUUGUCAGGCAAGGUAAGCAAGGCUGGCGACAAGAGUCCAGAUACGAACGCGUGACUGCAGCCCCUCAUCUCAAGCAUGACUUAACACUAAUGCGGAUGCCUGUGUACAGCUUAGAGGUCAUCCCGGCUUCUUCGUCCUCAGCACCGGGAACAACAAUUUCGAGUCACUAUCAACGACGAUUGUCGAAACGCAAAACCUGUCAUUCUGUUCAGCGUCACAGCCUGCGAUGAGUACAGUGACGGAAUUUUCAGUGCAUUCCUUACAGUCUUUAUGUACAUCCCAAAACCAGCUACGCCAUUGAAACUCCGCUCCGGAGGGAUGCCGUUGUCGUCCCGAGUCUCGAAA